CCGUCGUUAUUUAGCCUUUGACCAUCCAAUAAUUUCUUCCCUGAGCGCUUAUCUAUAGUGUUACUUUUGCGUCACUUUUUCGCCCUUUCUUUCGCGCUCCUCAUACCCGCGUUUUAAAUUUGACUCACCUGGUCAUCUGUUCUUCCUCGAUUGAAGACUGGGACCCAUAGCAUAUCCAUCAAAUACAUCCAUUUCUACACUAUGGGCCAUUACGUAACGUUAGCGGCGUGCAACUUGAACCAAUGGGCGCUCGACUUUGAGGGCAACCGCGACCGGAUCUUGGAGAGCAUCGUACUCGCCAAACAGAAGGGCGCCACCUUGCGAGUGGGACCAGAAUUGGAAGUGCCGGGGUACGGCUGCUUGGAUCAUUUUCUCGAACACGACCUAUACCUCCACUGCUGGGAGAUGUAUGCGACGCUUUUGGCGAACUCUGAAACGCACGGGAUCAUGUUGGACAUCGGGAUGCCGGUGCUCCACAAAAACGUGAAGUAUAACUGUCGCGUGAUCUCGUACGACGGCAAGAUCUUGCUUAUCCGUCCAAAGCUCUUUCUCGCAAACGACGGCAACUACCGCGAGAUGCGCUUCUUCACGCCAUGGAUGCGGGCGCGGCAUGUGGAACGCUACCAGUUGCCACGCGAGAUUGCACAGCUCACGGGCCAGCGCACCGUCGACUUUGGGGAUGCCGUGAUCCGCACGCUCGACACGGUGAUCGGUGCCGAAACCUGCGAGGAGUUGUUUACCCCUCAGUCGCCCCACAUCGCCAUGGCGCUUGACGGCGUGGAGAUUUUCACCAACUCGUCCGGCUCGCACCACGAGUUGCGCAAGUUGAACACGCGUCUCGACUUGAUUACAAACGCCACCACCAAGUGCGGCGGGGUGUACCUCUAUGCGAACCAGAAGGGGUGCGAUGGUGACCGUUUGUACUACGACGGUUGCGCCAUGAUCGUCAUCAACGGCAAGGUCGUGGCCCAGGCUUCGCAGUUUUCUUUGGAAGACGUCGAGGUCGUGACCGCCACGGUCGAUUUAGAGGACGUCCGCUCCUACAGACACUCCAUCGCAAACGGGUUGCAAGCGGUCGCGACGAAUGCGAGCUACACGCGGGUUUACGCGGACGUGGAGUUGUCCCCGCACGCGACGUCCUUCGACCCGAAGAUUGUGCCGUCAGCACCGCGCGCGAUCCGCUACCACUCACCCGAGGAGGAGAUUGCGCUUGGCCCUGCAUGCUGGUUAUGGGACUACUUGAGACGGUGUCGCGCGGCCGGGUUCUUCCUCCCGUUGUCGGGUGGGAUUGACUCGUGCGCAACAGCUGUGAUUGUGCACUCGAUGACGCGCUUGGUUGCACGGGCAGCUGCUGCGGGCAACGCUCAGGUCAUUUCGGACGCACGCAUGUUGGCCAAGAUUGAUGACUCCGAACCGGACUGGAUCCCGACCGAUCCCCAGGAUUUUGCUAGCAGGAUCUUCCACACCUGUUUCAUGGGCACGGAGAACUCGUCGACCGAGACCAGAAGUCGCGCAAAGGAGCUUGCUGCCGUGAUUGGUUCCUACCACGUUGAUUUCAACAUGGACACCCUUGUUUCGGCCGUGGUGAGCUUGUUUGAGGUUGCCACCGGCAAGCGCCCGAUCUUCAAGAUCUUUGGUGGCUCCCAAACCGAGAACUUGGCGUUGCAGAACAUCCAGGCGCGCUUGCGCAUGGUAUUGGCGUACCUCUUUGCGCAGUUGUUGCCAUGGGUACGUGGCCGCGAAUACGGCGGGUUGUUGGUUUUGGGCUCGGCUAACGUAGACGAGUGUCUCCGCGGGUACUUGACAAAGUACGACUGCUCGUCUGCAGACAUCAACCCGAUUGGCGGAAUAUCCAAGACCGAUUUGAAGCGCUUCAUCGCGUACGCGGAGACGGAGUUUGAGAUGCCGAUUUUGCACGACUUUUUGACCGCGACGCCGACCGCAGAGUUAGAGCCGAUCACGAAGGACUACGUGCAGAGUGACGAGGUUGACAUGGGUAUGAGCUACGACGAGUUGUCUAUCUUUGGGCGCCUCCGCAAAGUUGACAAGUGCGGGCCGUACUCCAUGUUCAUAAAGUUGUACCACACAUGGGGUGACCGCUUGAGCGCCGAGGAGAUUGCCGAGAAAGUCAAGCGCUUCUACUUCUUCUACGCUAUCAACCGCCACAAGCAGACCGUGUUGACCCCGUCGUACCACGCCGAGGCGUACUCGCCGGAUGACAACCGCUUCGACUUGCGGCCGUUCUUGAUCAAUCCAAGGUUCCCAUGGGCCACCAAGAAGAUCGACAAGGUUGUUGCGGAGUUGAAGAAGAGCGAGCCUCAGUUGGUUGACUUGGAUAUCGAGUAGUUUGUAAGGUUUUCCGUUUAUGAAGUUUUGGGGGAGCGUAGGAAGAAGCCUUUAACACGAUGUUGCUAUUCAUCGUGAUUGUUAGUUUUAUUAUAUAUCACCCGUCUUUUGUGCUUGUCACUUCACCUUGGAGAGCCGCGGUGGGGUUAUAUCCCAAUAUCCGUUUAUUUCUGGGUGAUUCUAGCUUCAGAUUAUUUUGUAUCUGUCUAAUUAUAUGGGUAUUCUUUGGGAACAAUUAUAAUUACGU